AUGGUGCUACACCCCGCCAGAGCCGGCAAAGCACCACCGCGACGGCGAAUUGUGACCCCGGCGCUUCCUCAGUCGCAGGUCAUUUCCUGGCGUUUCUCGAGCGCGCCGCCUAAACCUGCCAGACACGUCGAAAAGCACGUCGAAGAUCCCGUCGAGGCUUCAUCGCAGUCCAAGCAUGCUGCGAAGAAUGAUUACCCCGAGAAUAGAGAACGGACAAAAACCAGCCAGGAGCGGCACAGAAGCUCUGCCUUGACUAAAACGCCCUCGACCGAACCCAUUCAACAUGCGGAAGUCUCGCUGAUAGCGUCGGUGUUGGAUUCGUUCUGUGCAUUGCCAACUGGGCUCAACCCCUCCAAGGAGGAUGAAGAAUUAUUGAAAUUUUGUAAACACAUAUACCUUUGCAAAUUCGACGACCUGACCGGCGUAUCGCGAGAUGUUUAUGGAACUCGGGGAGACGCCGUUUUCAACCCUGUCCGCGAUAUUAGUUUUGCCCUGUCACUCCGAUCGUCGAUGACACUACAAUGGAUGCUUAUAGCCGCUGCAGCCUUUGUCGCAGGCCGCCGAGGAGAGGGCCCGUCAGCGUCGAUAUUCCGUCGCAAAUCAAUUGCAUACCAAACGAUGCGUAAAAAUCUGAUUGACAGUCCAGCAAAGGGUCCCGUUUCUGAUGACUUGGUCGACAUGCUCAUCAUGGCAACUAUGACUGAGUCACGCAUAUCCCAACGCGAUGCUUCGAAUAUACAUCUUAAGGGAUACGAAAGAGCCGUCCAGACAAGAGGAGGGCUGAGGAAGAUGAUUCUGGCCUCCAAAACACAUAUAAUAUUGUUUACAAGCCACUUGAUGCCGUAUCUUAUUUCCGAACCACCAGCAACUGAUGUUGUACUCGGGCCUGAAGCUCUCGGGUAUGCCUUGCGAAUACUUGAGAUUAUUUCCAAAGGGGAAAAUACCGUCGACCCAUCCGAACUACUGUUUACGGGCCCAUCCGCAAGUAACGAAUUCACGCCGUCAAUGAGCCUUGAUCUCAAUGAAACAAUUCGUCUCCUACUAGCGUCCGGCCUUCUCUGCCGUUAUCUACGACCCAACUUUUCGAUAUAUAGCCGCUACGCCCUUCAAACCGCUCAGUACCUCACUCUUUUCAUUGUUCUGACGGGGAUCUGGCGCCUCCGUGAUCGAUUACCACUAGUCAAGCUCUUUCUACACCGCCUCAAUGUCGCGCUUGUUCGAAGCGGCGACCAUGAUAACCAAGGACAGAACUUGCUCACUAUGGAAGGGCUAAUGUGGAUUACCAUCAAAGCCGCCUUUGAUGGUCUCGAUGGCGUCCGCGACUGCCAGGCUAAUCUUAUUGUUGAUUCCAUGUCCGCCCUGAAGCUUUUCCGUGCUGCUGACGAGACCGUCAGGCGGAGGCUGAUUGAACAUAUGUAUCAAAUACUCGUGGAAGGGAUUGAAUGCUCCAUGUUGCCGAGGAACUUGAGGAACUCCGAGGCCGCGGGGGCGAUGCCAUUACGAAUACAAGACUAUGGGAACUUCAGUCGAGACAUCAACGAGACCACUUGA